UGAUGAAGAGCGAGCAGAAUGAGGAGAAAAGAGAAGUGGUGCUAUCCUCUAACUCCUUAAGUGCUGCUGUCUGUCUGCUACAGAUCCGUUUUUGAGCACGUCUAGAACAAUUAGGUUCUGAAUCUCCGAGGUCCAAAUGGGCUUGAGCUUCAGCGAAGUACGACUUGCGGGCCUCGACGAAACGUUGUAUCCACACGAUGAGCUGCGUGCGGCCGAGCGGAUCAGAAAUCCGGCGCGAAGCUCAACCAAUUAUGAUCGGUGAGGCGCUGUCGGAGCCAAUAUCUCGCUGUCGGGUAGAGCAGGUCGAGAUGAAGCGUCGAGGGUAAAAGUAUGGAAUGAGAAGAAAUGAGGUCGUUGAGUUGGGUGGGUGCAAAGCCUGCUAUCGGCCUGGAUCGCAAAGCGUGGCUCGGAAAGCGCGGCUACCACUUCGUUCUCGCUCGACGAAGGCGAUGUCGAUGCGGCGUCAAGGUGAGUAUCAAGGUGCAGAUGGCAGAGAUGAUCAGGUGGUCGUCGCUUGAGUUUGCUUUGUACAGGCACUCAGGACUCAUCGAGAUGAGGAAAGGGAUGCAGGCGGUAGUGCGGUAGGAGAUGUGGAGUCGAGGGAUUCAGCUAUGUGGGCGUGCCCCGGGCCGCGCGCCCCUACACUCAUCCUGUUCCUUGCCUUCUC